ACGCUACUGACUACAUAACAAGCGUUCCUCUUGCAUUGUUGUUGUAUUGGACUCCCUUUUCACCAUUCCACAAACUCUAGUAACAAACGAGAGCGUGAGCAUGUCAUCUUCCAAUGGAAUCCUAGUGAUUGUUGCGUGUAAUGAAGCACGCCCUGAAUUCGAUCCGUCUCGCCAUUUCAAACUUGGAAACAAUUCCACCCGGGUCAUCAGGACUGCAGGAGGGCGCGUAUCUGAAGCUAUAAACUCGCUAUACAAUUUUGACCAAUCUUCUCAUAUCGGAAUGAUCGUAAUUGCACAUCAUAUUGACUGCUGCUAUGUGGCGCACGAUCCUGAGGCGAACCUGCGCUCUGAGAUGGUGUUGCUCAAAGGCUCUCCUUAUGUUCGUAGAAGUAUACCAGUAGUUGGAUUUGUACUUAACGGCACUCCGACGAUGCGCGAAGUAAACAUUCCUGGCAACAUUCAAGAUGAAGCGAUUCGCCAGCAAAUCCUGGGCCAGCAAAUCCUGGGCCAAAUGGAAGACUUUGGUCCGUACUGGGGUUAAUUGCUGAACUAUUGAUUUGGGUGGUCCAACGUCGCUGUUGUGCAAAUCUAGGCAUUGCUGAACGGUUGGCAAGUGCGGACCAGUUCAUCGGAACGUUCAACAUAGUGUACCUUGGUUCUCUGAUUAGGGCGAAAUAUUCAAUGCUAUAAAAUGUGGC